AUGGAGUCUGCAGCAAACAUCCACUUUCAGUUUCAGCUCCAAGAACAGUUAGCAAGGAAUAAUGACAGCAACAACAUGAACUAUCACCGUGAAACCAUUUCAAGCUCAUCAUCAGGAUCUGAGCCAUGGGCACCCAGUCAUCAUCACCAACAAUCCCUUCUUGCAAAUCACAUGAAGGAAGAAAUCUCAGAUUAUAAUUCUUUCCUAAAGUUACUCAUGACUGAAAUUAACGCAGAAGAUUCUCUGAGCCAAAACCUAAUAAGCCUUGACAGAAACUUCUCUUCAACUCAUCAUCAUCAACAACUUCCAGAGCUUUCAGGAGCAGAUCAUCAUCAUCAAAAAAGUGGCAGUGGAAGAACAAAGACGCCAAGUAUUUUUACUGCUAGCGGCUCAAUGGAAUCCCAAGAAAAAGCUAAGAAGUACAAGACCAUGCCACGAUCUUCAUGCCCACCAUUGAAGGUCAGGAAGGAGAAACUGGGAGACAGAAUUGCAGCUUUGCAUAAAUUAGUGGCACCUUUUGGCAAGACAGAUACAGCUUCAGUGUUAACAGAAGCUAUUGGGUAUAUUCAAUUCCUUCAUGACCAAAUUCAGACACUAAGCGUGCCUUAUAGGAAGUCUUCUUACAAGUCCGGCACUCGAUCAUUCAUACUAGCGAGUUCGAGCAAGGAAGAAGAUGAAAAGGAAGGAGAAAAGGCAGAACUUAGGAGUAGAGGGCUCUGCCUUGUGCCCUUAUCUUGUGUAUCUUUCUUAAAUUUGUACAAUUGUAGUGGACUCUGA